AUGCCGAAUCCGCUCGCGUUCGUCGGCGGGGGCGUGGCGCUGACGGCGGCGGCCCGAGCGGCGGACAAGGCGAACGGUGGUGGCGGACCAUUCCGGCGGCUGGGCGAGGGCCGCGGCGCGGCGUUGCGGGAGGCGUGGCCGGUGGAGGCGCUGCACACCGUGCCCGCAGCAAGGCGGGCGGCGGCGGGCGACGCGGAGGAGCUGUUCGCGUACGCCCGUCCGCCCAAGAGCAAGGCGAAGCGCGAGGCGGGCGAGCGGCGCGCCUUGCAGCACCAGGAGUGGGCUGACGUGCCCAAAGAGAAGAGGCAGAGGGCGGCGGAGGAGCGGGCGGCGGCGCAGGCGGCGCUGCUGGCGCCGCUCGCGGCGGCGGACACCACGGCGUCGCUGGGAGACUCGCGGAUGCGGAGGCCGAGCGCCAUCGUGGCGGCG